AUGCUUGACCUUGCCAAGAGAUGUGAUGAAAUCACCAGACCAGUAAAGCCCAAAGCAGAGGUGGUUCCAGCACCUUUCAAUCAUGUGAAGAGAGAAGGUCAUGUGAAGGUGGAACGUUUGCUGCGUCCUGUGGCAACACCAUGCAGGGCACUACCCAGAGAGCCUGAAGCAGUGCCAGCACAAGCAGCUGCUGCAGCUGGUGCAGCCGAUCCAAAUUCUUCUACUUCCCCAAGCCCACCAUGUGAGAAGCCUGCUGCCCCUACUGAUGCGGGCAGUGAUGAGAAGACUGAUUCAGCCGAAGCCGAACAGAGCUUUGAGGAGGCUUUGACCAAAGGUGUGAUGCAAGUGCUGGAGAACCGGACCGAACAACAAGCGUUGAGGAGGGAUGAGAAGCUGGCGAAAAAAAUUCUUGCCAAGGCCGGAGUCCGAUUCAACGAAGAAUUUCAAAAGCAGCAUUGCGCCAGACUUGAAAAAGGUCAUUGGCAAAAUUUUCUGGCCGCUGUGAUUGGAACCUUGCACAAGCGCAGUGAUAACAACUUGAAUUGCUUGAUCUGUCGGAACUUGAUUGCAUCCUUUGAUGUUCCAAGGGCAGCUGCAACAAUUGCAGCCGAGAUGGAUCGCCAAAAAGGCAAGCCAUCAGAGCCAACAGGUCCUCUGCCAGAGCCUGUCGAUGCUGCUGCAGGUGAUGGAGUCAUUGUUCCCCAUGUUCCCGUGGAGGGAGGGGAGGACUGUGUUCCUGUAGAGCCAGCCUGCAAGAAAGCUCGGCGUGGCCGGCCUCCCAAGGGAGAGAAAUCCGAUUUCAACCUCCUGAACUUCUUGGAGAGUGAUCGUUCUGGGCAAUACAAGAACCGACAUGAAGAAUCUGUUUUCCACAGGCAGGCUGUGGCCAGGCAGCAAGGAGUUGAAGAUUUGGAGGGCCUCCCGCUGUGCAAUGGCUUAGAUCUUGAAUCAGAGGAAGGAUCUUGCACUUCUUUUGGCAAUCCUGAUAUGCUUUCUUUGGUGCGCCUGUGGUUGGGGACCGGUUGCAUUGCUGUUGAGGGAUCAGCCCUGUCCAGCAUCUUCGUAAAGAACGCAGCGCCUCCAAGCACUGGUAUUAUUAUCCAAGAUGAAUCUUGUGCGACUGGAGGCCAGAGUCAUGUCUUGCGUGGAGGCACAUGCUGCAGACAGUGCCUGUCAGCAGCAAACAGGAAGAAAUGCAUCGAUUUGGUGAAGGAAUGGGCUUUUCGGGUGUCCUUCGCAGACUUGACGCAUACCUGUCUCUUGCCCGACAGAACAGAGCAGUUGUGCCAGGCAUCGUGGAUGAAAAGUGCUUUCCCCGAGGUUGCAGACCAACCGUUGGAGAAUAUUUCCUACCACGAGGCCUGCAGCAGAACAAGAAAUCUCUUUAUGCACAUCCCAGUCUCCAAGCAAAAUGCAGCAUUGGUGUCGUUCAUUGGUCGGUCUCUGAAGUUUUUGACUCCUUCCAUGAUUGCGGGACUCAGCGACGAAAUGAAAAAGAAGGUUGUGACGUACGUGGAUGCUCUGGCUAGUGGUAAGCUGCAGCCGUAUGAGAGUUCAGCAAUGGAACUCAUUGGGUCUGGCUCUCUCAAGUCAUCUGACUUGGCGCGCACACUAGUGCCAAUGCUUUUACGGAAAGCAGACAAAAUGAGGAGAGGCUGCACUGAGAGACUUGGUGGUGGUUUGGAUGCUAACGCCGACCUGUCCACCGGCGUUGUCGAGUUGGGUUUCCUCCUUGGAGGUUGCAUCAAGUCACCUGAGAUCCAAAAAGCGUUUGGAAUCGCCCGAAACACCGCGAAGGAGAUCGAAUGCCCGUUGAUCAACAGCUUCUUGCCUCGAUUCUUCCUGGCCGACGGAGAGGUCUUGGUUGAAAGCGUCUCUCGAGCAUUGAACUUCAUUGAGAGUGAUGGGAUGCAUCGUGAUUACAUGGUCUGUCGUGACGAAGUCGUGUACUCAAGAACCUACAACAUGGUUUAUGGCCUGAGUCCUGACAAUCCACGGCAAAGCCAUAUUGUGGGCGGCAGCUAUCCAGAGCAUUCUUUUGUAGAAUCUCAACAUGGACGGCCGCCCAUGGAACACUUGGCACAGGUCCACUGCUGUACCCUGUUGAAGCGGUUGGACACCUGCUCCGGAGGCUUUAUGGUGCAGCAUUUGCCCCGCAGGAAAUUGAUCACAGCGGCCUCUGAGGCCCAGGACAUCGCCAUCUUCCUUGACGCGUGUUGUCAAGCCAACAGCGACAAUCCGCCGCUGGUUGUUGCUACAGAUUGCCACUUCUCCUUUGAUCUGUUCCACAGGAUCCUGGUAGGGUUGGUCAAGAAGACUGAGUUCCAAGAUCUUCCCUUUCUGCGCUUCGUCAGGCCAGGUAGUGCGUACUUCCAUGCUUUGGCUUUUGGCCAAUGGACCGCCAGUGCAGCCUUUGACUUCGAGGAACUGUUUCUCAACACGAUGACUGCGUAUUACAUCAUGCUCAUUUGCUGUAUGCUGGCGCAUGAAAAGCGCGGCAGCCGUGAUAUGUGGCUGCAAUGGCUUCCGCAAUGCACAGCCCGCAACAUGCUUCGGAUGAUUGGGCAGCUAGCCACUCGCUUGAAGACAUGGCCCUCAAGAGCAGUCAUGGAACCAUCCAAGACGACAGAAGACAGCAUCGAGCUUGAGCGUGACCUCAACGCAAAGCAGAAGAGACGCAUGCUUCAAAAAGUGACUCGCAACCGUGACAAACUGGAGAAGAAGUUGGGCCGACCUUUGCAGUUGAUCAAGAAGUAG